CCAUCUCCCACGGUCCAUACACCGUUCUAUACCGAGUACCUAGGUACAGAUCCUCCUGUCAGGCCAGACAUCGCUCUGCCAAACCUUACAUCCCAUCGAAGUCUCAUGGCAGAAUUGGUCCAUGCAACCACCUUUCGUCACCGGGAGCUUCAUGACAUCCCCUGAAGAGAUUGUCCAGGCGAAUCUUGAACACCCUUCUCACCCAUGUCGUCGCCUCAGAGAGCUAACGAAGCACAACAAGUCGUGACGGCCUGUGCUGGACCUUCCCAGAGAGCCGUUGCCGUGCAGAUGACGCCGGUGAAAAGCGUCGCCGACGCGUGUCUGCUAUUGUCUUUGAUAUGUCCUUCCCAGAUGCAUCAGCCCGGCACUCCAGGCUACGAACAUGCCAGGGCAUCCUUUUGGAACCAGACCCAAGCAGAGGCAGUCCCGGCCGGUAUUUUCCAGCCUGAGACAGCUGCGCAGGUGUCUCUGGCCAUCGUCGUCUGCCGUCACACCUCUUGCCCGUUUGCCGUCAAGAGUGGAGGCCAUGGUAAGUGGUGCGGCGAGUCUUCCAUCAAUGGGGGUCUCUUGAUCGACCUGGCGAGGAUGAAGCAGAUCCAAUUGUCGAAACACCAGUCCACCGUCGCCGUCGGCCCGGGGAACCGAUGGUCAGAUGUCUAUGCUGCUUUGGAACCUUUGGGCAUCACAGUCGUCGGAGGACGAGCGUCCGGGGUUGGGGUUGGCGGCUUUCUCCUAGGCGGUGGAAUCUCGUGGUAUUCCAACCUCUACGGUUGGGGCUGCGACAAUGUCAGAUCUUACGAGGUGGUUCUUAGAGACGGUACUAUCGUCACAGCAAGCAAAGAUUCCCAUCGCGACUUAUAUAAAUGUCUGCGAGGCGGCGCUGGGAAUUUUGGCGUGGUCACAAGCUUCGAGUUAGAAACAUAUCCAUACACGGGGAUGUGGGGAGGUCGCAAAGCCUUUGAGUAUCAACACGGGCAAGCGGCCAUGCAGGCGUUCAUCGACACCGGCCUGAUUAGCGACGGCGAGGAUCCGAAGUCCUUUUUCAUUCUCGGCCUUGCAACCACGGACGAAAAGGCCUGGGUCUGGGGCGCGUCUUUGGCUUAUUGUGACGCAGUCCACACCAGCCCUGUCUGCUUCAAGGCCAUUGAUGCGAUUCCAUCGGUGGCCGACGACUGCGCCUUGCGGGAUCAGACCGAAUGCGUGGCCCGAAUGCAAGAAUCGUAUCCCCCGUGGCUGCAACAUUGCCUCUGGGCCUUCGCCACGCAGGUCGAUUUACCGACGCUCCAAAUAUGCUGUCGCAUUUGGCAGGAAGAAAUGCAAUCUCUGGUAGACCAGCUCGACUGGUUCAAGCCGGUUCUUGCCAUCCAAUACACGACAGAGGCUGUCGUUGAGGGCGCGGCCCGCAAUGGAGGGAACAUCCUCGGCCUGUCCAGCACCCGCCCGUUCAUCAUGUACAAUGCCGAGCCGCGAUGGCGACAUGCGCGUGACAACCUGCGAGUCUCCAAGGCGAUCGACAAGGCGUUUGAGCGGAUGCACGCCGAAGCCCAACGGAGGGGGACCAGCCACGAAUACCGCUACAGCAACUACGCCAGUGAAUAUCAAGAUCCUCUCCGCUCUUACGGCCCCGAUGCGAACGAGAUCUUGCGCGACGUAUCCCGCAGGUAUGAUCCCGACAGUGUCUUUCAGACGCUCCGGACCAGCGGGUUCAACCUUUCGGGGGCUCCUCGGGGCGAUUUACGACGCGAAUGAUGUGGCUGCAAGGUGGUGGUCUAUUCUUGAGCAGAUCCGUGGACCUCACUCUAGAGGCAUAUAUUUCUGACACGCGCUUCAUAGUGGUGAUCAGUAGUUGCGAGACUGGGGUGAUCUCAAUGUCCAAUGAUGGAUUCCAGUCCAUGUCCGAGUUUACGGGCAGAUGGCAGCAGCAGGAAGAGACGGCUUUAAUUUGGUUUUACGAUGUGCCUUGAGUAGCAAGAGCAAAUCGACAGGAUCUCAAAGACAUGUAUAUACAGGGCGAAACCGUACAUAGACAUCCCACCCACACCGAUUCGGGGUCAGUUGGAUUUAUAUACACGAACAGUAGACUAAAGCCAGG